GCACCGUCCAACGACCGACCGACCGACCGGACACAAACACCGAGCCGCAGCCGCAUCCGCCACCGGAACCCCCUCAUCAUUCGGCGUUCACGGGCCGCGGACAGGCCCCGGAGCAGAGCGGAGGCAGCCGGGUCCGGUGCACCGGGAGCCCGCUGUCUGAGCACCGCAGACGGGGAGACAAAGCGGAACGGAGCCGCCGCUUAAACACUGAGUCACGGUGCUGCGGCGGAGGAGCCGUUACCGAGCGGAGGACACGGACACGGACGGAGGCGGGCCUGGUCCCGGUCCCGGUCCUGAUGCAGAGGUUCGGUACCGACCCCUGAUCCGGAGCCUCUGAUUGGCUGUGUGGACUAAAGCCCCCGAACACAUCCGCCGGAGGACGAACCGAGACCCGAAGACACGAUCAGGGACAGACGGAGGACAAUGUGGACAAGAGGAAACAGAAACAUGGACGAAUCCGGAUUUUAAAGGUUUUCUUUCAGAGACAAGCCGGAGACCAGUGGAAGACACCUGGACAGAGGGACGUUCAGACCCUUUGGAUGUUCAGACAUGAUGUCUCUGAGGUACACCCGGAUCCCGGCCCAGGUGGUCCUGGUCCUUUUCCUGAACCGGUCCGUGACGGCGGGCCGGUCUGACAGGAACAUGGUGUCAGAGGAGUACGUGGGCGCCACAGUGAACGCCACGGUGUUGGACGCCCGAGGAAACGCCGUACACAUGAUGAGCAGCGACGAGGGCACCUACGGACAGAACUCUCCUAAAGUGGACACCAGAGGCGUGGUCAUCGCACCUUCGCCACAUCACGGAGUGGUGGAUCGUCAGGGCUGCGACGCCAACACGCGUUUCCUGGUUCCUCCUCGAAGUGUCCAGUGGGUGGCGCUGCUGCAGAGAGGAAACUGUACGUUCAAGGAGAAGAUCCUGAAGGCGGCGACGUUCAACGCCACCGCCGUUCUGAUCUACAACAACUCCACCAAUAAGACGGUGAAGAUGGGCCACGAAGGUACCGGGGACAUGGUGGCAGUGAUGAUCACUGAGGCUUAUGGGAAAGAGAUCCUGGCCCAGCUGGAGAGGAACCUGACGGUUCUGGUCCAGGUGUUGGUGGGUCAGCGAGGUCUGAAUAAGAACAACAAUCGGGGCUCGCUGGUCUUCGUGUCCAUCUCCUUCAUAGUCCUCAUGAUCAUCUCUUCAGCCUGGCUCAUCUUCUACUUCAUCCAGAAGAUCCGCUACAGCAGCGCCAGAGACCGCAGCCAGCGUCGCCUCGGAGACGCCGCGAAGAAGGCCAUCGGGAAACUGACGACGAGGACGGUGAAGAAAGGAGACAAGGAAACAGAUCCAGACUUUAAUCACUGUGCUGUUUGUAUCGAGGCGUAUCAGCUGAACGACGUCGUCCGUAUACUUCCCUGCAAACAUGUCUUCCAUAAAGUGUGUGUGGACCCGUGGCUGAACGAACACUGCACCUGUCCCAUGUGUAAACUCAACAUCCUCAAAGCCCUCGGCAUCAUGACCAGUCUGCCCUGUGUGGACAGCGUGGUGCUGGAUGUGGAGCGUCUGGGCGUCAGCCCGGCAUCCGGCAGCCAGAGGGCGCCGCUGGGUGACAACAGCCAGCCGUCAAUCAGCCUGGAGCCGCUCAGCCCCCCCCACCCUGAGGCCACACCCAGGACGCCUGCUGACAUCACCAUCGCAGUCACCAGUGGAGGUCACUUCUUCAACCGAACUUCGCUGUCGUCUCCUCGGAGUGUCGUCUGUGAGAUGGAGCUGCCGGACAUUCAGGCGUCUCUUGAUCUUUAUGAUGAUAACAAGUCCUGAGGCUUGUCGUCAUGGUGACCCCCCCUCUCUUCUGAAGUUACGUCAGUGUUUCUUGUUGAGGGGGCAGACUUUCAAACCUCAUUUACUCAUCAGACUCUAAGGACUGAAGUCAAAUAUCAGAAGUGAAUUAGGUUCCAUCAGAUAACAAACAACCAGAACCUGGACCUAGACGUGGACCACAGCCUGGACCUGAACCUGGACCAGCUGGAUGCAGGUCCUGUUGGUCUUAUAGGAGGUUCUGGGGUUCUGUUGGAGGCUCUUGGUCUUUUAACAGUGUUUGUGGUUUCUGCCUGACACAAGAACAUACAGAGAUCUGUUGGAGUUCUAAAGACCUGGGCCUCAGACCUGGACUUGCCUGAAUGUGGGUUGAAACCUGGCAGCCUCCGCCUGGACGAGGACUCCUGUGUAAAUACAGACUGAGCAGGUACUGGUCAGACCUGGACUCGGACCUCUGGAGGACUUUAAAGUGUUUGAAACCUUAAAGCAAAAAAUAUAAACCUGUUUCUGUGUAGAGCCUGUGGAUGUAAAGGAGCAGUCCACCACAACCAUUAACCACCUGUUAACCAACUAUGAACUGUCUGUUAACCAACUGUUAAAUGUCUGUUAACCAACUGUUAAAUGUCUGUUAACAGUCUGUUAACCAACUAUGAACCGUCUGUUAACCACCCGUUAACAUCUGUUAACCGUCUGUUAACGAACCAUUAACCAUCUGUUAACUGUCUGUUAACCAUCUGUUAACCAACUAUGAAGCAUUUGUUAACCAUCUGUUAACCAACCAUUAACCUUCAAUGGUCUGAGGUUUCAUGGGGGUCAGGAGGUCUGGACUUUGUACCGGACCUACAGGACCAGGUCUGGAUUUUAAGCUUUAACUGGGUCCAGAUGCUUCAACAGAUCUGGUAAAGUGUAGUUUAUCUGUUUGUCAGUGGUGUCACAAACCCUGUAGUGAAUGGGUUAGGGUUAACCUGUUAGGGUUGGUUAGGGUUAACCCACUGGGGUUAGGGCUGGUUAGGGUUAGGGUUAACCCAUCAGGGUUAGGGUUAGGGGAGUCUCUAAAUGGACCAGAUGAAACCUCAGUGAUUGUGUUAAAUGUUGGUUCUCUAACGUUCUCCUGGACAGACGACGCUCACUGCUGAGUUCUGCAGAUGUUGACUGUGGAUCCUCACCUGGACUGGACCAUCUGCUUUGGUUGGGGGGGGGGGGGGUGUUCCUGAGGUGGUGGACUGCUCCUUUAACGUGUAUCUAACAGCUUCUUAAAUACUCAGCGUGUAAUAAUCAGCUCUGUGACGGGGCAUCAGUAUAUACACAGCAUUAUACAAUCUAUAAUCUAUGAUGGAUCAAUAUUAUCUGUGAAGUGGCCUCAUGAAGCCCUGCAGGACUCUGUGCUUUUGUCUGUGCUCUAUCUGUGUCACAUGGUCCUGACCAAGACAGCGGCGUGUGUUCACCAUUAAAGUGUCAUUAUUAUCA